AAAACCCAAUAGGCUUUCUUCUGACAACAGCACCGUGUGCGUCAAUGCAUACCUUGGUGUGGUUAAGGAAUGGACGAAUGGUGAAAUGGAUGGGAAAGCAAUUAUCUCUAAUUUCCUAAACACCUUCUAAAUCAGCACGGUAAAAUGCCUCCUGAUACCCAUCCUAGGUGAUGGAAAAAAUCCAGACCUGCCCUUUCGUCCACUCCCCUGCUGGGGUGUUUGCCCCGCAGCAGUGGGCCUGGGAGUUCCCUUCUCAGGUCGUCAUUGUCCGGUGGGAAAUCCACGGAGAACUGUAACGUGGACAAGAAAGUCUGCUCCCGAAACGAAAACCAGUACCGAAAAUACGGGUAAUUUUACGUCUUCCUUCGACCACCUCACGUAAAACAAAAGCAAGGAAACACCAGUAAACUUGCCCCACGGGUGUGAAAUCCCACCAGCUCGGCUCAAAAGCGCUUCUGUGUCGACCCCCGGGACGCCGAGCACUCGGAGCGCCGUCUCGGGCGGCCCCUCGUCUCCCACCGCGGGCAGGAACCCAGACCAACAAGAGGGGGAUGGCCGGACGCCAGGACCGACGGAAACGAGUGAUUCCCGCCGAACCCGGCUGGCACAACAGGCGAGAAGUAAUGCGGGGCCGGGGCUAACCUCGGCUGAGGCCGCGGGCAAGGCCUCGGGAGUGACGAAAGACAGGGCCCCCCUCGACUGGAGACCGCAAGACAACAUGCCUCCCAAGAAGCCCGAGCCUAAGAAGGAGGCUGCUAAACCAGCUGCGGCUGCUGCCCCUGCUCCUGCUCCUGCCCCAGCUCCUGAACCCCUCAAGGACUCUGCCUUUGAUCCCAAGAGUGUGAAGAUAGACUUCAGUGCCGACCAGAUUGAAGAGUUCAAAGAGGCCUUUUCACUGUUUGACCGGACUCCAACUGGAGAGAUGAAGAUCACUUAUGGACAGUGUGGGGACGUGCUGCGGGCCCUGGGCCAGAACCCCACCAAUGCAGAGGUGCUGCGUGUUCUGGGCAAACCUAAGCCUGAAGAGAUGAGUUCCAAGACACUGGACUUCGAGAUGUUCCUGCCCAUCCUGCAACACAUCUCCCGAAACAAGGAGCAGGGCACCUAUGAGGACUUCGUGGAGGGGCUUCGGGUCUUUGACAAAGAGAGCAACGGCACAGUCAUGGGGGCUGAGCUUCGGCAUGUCCUUGCUACUCUGGGAGAGAAGAUGAGUGAGGCAGAGGUGGAACAGCUGCUGUCCGGGCAGGAAGAUGCCAAUGGCUGCAUCAAUUAUGAAGCCUUUGUCAAGCACAUCAUGUCUGGGUAGAGUGGACUUCUCCAGGGUGCUUGACCACCCAUGGUGGAUAUCACAGAGUCGGACUCACAUUGUAUCACAGCUCUACAACCUCUCAGACCUAUGACCUUCCCUGUAAAUAAAGAGCCCAGCACCAAGUCUCACCAAUCCCUGGGCUGUUUUUCAAAACCUAU